AUGUCGCACAGUCUGCAGAUGGACAUGCAGAAACACGCGCUCAAUUUAGGAGCUUCGUAUAUAAACAGGGCAGUUUCAUUUGGGAGGUUUGAUUCUGUGAAAAGGUACUUUCAAAUAGACAACUCGUAUCUGCUGCGAAAAAUGCUUCUAAUUUUCUAUCCGUACAGCAUAGACCAGUGGAUGCACUGCACAAAUAGAGACAUUUCCGCAGUUCCGGUGAGCCAGCCCGACCUGUACAUUCCGCUUAUGUCCGUUAUAACGUACAUUUUAUUUGUGGCCUGCGAGCUGGAGGUGGAGGACAAGUUUGAGCCUGAGACGCUAGGAAAAAUCACCACAAAGUCUCUCGUGCUGGCGCUUCUGGAGGCUGCCGGAAUCAAGGCAGGCAGCUUUUUCUUCGAGGCAACAGCCCUCAACAUAACCGAUAUUGUGUCGUUUAUAGGGUACAAGUAUGUUACAAUCAUUGCUAUCAAGAUAUUCACAAAGAUACUAAAUGUACUUAUAGCAAAAAUACUUCUGAUAUACUUGAUGGUGUCGUUUGCUCUCUUCCUGGGAAGGUCUUUGAAACACUUCCUGAUAUCAAACGAGCACGAAAUUACAGCGAAGAAGCGAAAAAUGUAUUUUUUGUUCUUUAUUGUAAUUUUAGAGUGCCUUCUUCUUGUGGUUUUAAAAUAA